UCUGUGCAGAAGUCAUGAAAUCGCGGGUGAAGUCAGCUGGAGUGGAGUUUGAUUGACAGCUCCCAGUAAGCUCCUCCCCCGAAGCGCUUAAAUGACAGGCUCUCUCGUGAGCUCGUGGCUGACAGUGGCCGUGUCGAGAGUGAUGCUGUAGAAGAGCUCAGUUUCCACCAGCUUUUAUUUAUUAUACCCACAUUAACAAUGAAGACCAUACUCGCUGCAUACUCCGGUGUCAAAAAAGGCACCGGGUCCAGCAUCCUCUCUGCCUUACAUGACCUGCCCUCUGUUCCCUGGCUGACCCGAUCCAAGAUGGUGAAAUAUCUGCAGCUGAUCUCCGUUUUACAUUUUGUCACCACAUUUCUUGCCAUGGGCAUUGUCUGCUCUUUGUUGCUGGUGUAUCUGUUUUGCACAGACUGCUGGGUACUUGCCGCUAUGUACACUGCCUGGCUCAUAUAUGACUGGAAUACCCCUAAACAAGGAGGCCGCAGAUCUACAUGGAUGAGAAAUUGGACUCUGUGGAAAUACUUCAGAGAUUAUUUUCCAAUAAGACUCAUAAAAACCCAUAACCUGCUUCCUAGCCGAAACUACAUUUUUGGCUACCACCCUCAUGGCAUCUUCUGUUUUGGUGCUUUUUGUAACUUUGGCACAGAAGCGACGGGAUUCUCCAAGAAAUUCCCCGGAAUCAAGCCAUCUUUGGCUACACUGGAUGGAAACUUUCGUUUGCCAUUGUUUAGGGAUUACCUAAUGUCUGGAGGUAUCUGUCCAGUAAAUCGAAACUCCAUUGACUUCCUGCUGUCCAGUAACGGUACAGGCAACGCUGUGGUCAUUGUGAUCGGUGGAGCUGCCGAAUCUCUGGACUGUGCCCCGGGAAUGAACUCUGUCACGCUGAAAAACCGCAAAGGCUUUGUCAGACUGGCUCUUAAUCAAGGUGCUGACCUGGUGCCUGUCUACUCAUUUGGUGAGAAUGAAGUUUAUACGCAGCUGAUUUUUGAGGAUGGCUCCUGGUGGCGUGUGGCUCAAAAGAAGCUUCAGAAGAUUUUAGGAUUUGCCCCAUGUCUGUUCCAUGGCUGUGGACUCUUCUUUCCAAAAUCAUGGGGACUUGUGCCUUAUUGCAAACCCAUUACUACUGUUGUUGGUGAACCCAUAACAGUUCCAAAAAUUGAAAACCCAAGCCAGGAUGUGAUAGAUAUGUACCAUGCCAUGUACAUCAGGUCCCUCAAGUCUCUCUUCGACACCAACAAGACUCGAUUUGGCUUAAAUGAGAGCGACACCCUAGUAAUUCACUGAAAGACGUUGAGGAAUAACAUUAUAACAGAAACAUUACAGUGGCAGCUGGAAGAUCCCAACGAAGUGCCUGUUUGAGAAAACCAAAACGCUGUUUCCAUAUAGAGAAGCAAUUGAUAUAAUCCAGGAGAACAUUUCUUUACAUUUAUGCAUUGGCAGAUACUUUUAUCCAAAGCAACUUUUAUAUUUUAUCUGCAUGUGGAUUUUUUGGAAAUCAAACCUUGGCCUCCUACCGUACCAGGUGAGCUACAGGAAAGUUUUCAUAAAAGUGGAAUGUUGGGGAGUCCCGGAUCAUUUCAAUCGCAGUUGAUGUAACCUGACAAUGGUUCUAAAGCUUUACUUUAAAGGAUCUCUCUAAAGACACAUUCAAAACUGUACCAAAAAAGGUAUUGAAAUGUACUGUACUGCAUGGGAUGCAGUGAAUCUAGUCUGUGUCACUGCUGCUCAUCGCCACUAGUUGGCGACACUGUGCUGUUAAGUCAAGUAUGAUCUGUUGACCAACCGUUCAAUCAGACGCACGUGUGUUGCCACGGUUACACUUUGGACCAAAGUUAUUUUCCGGCCUUUGCUUGUUAAUUGGUCUGGCUAGUGGCUAACUCUGAGACAAAUAUCUUAUCGAAAAUAAAAAUGUUCGGUUUCAUAAAGAUGAGGGGAGACAGCGAGCAUGGAUCACCGCUGUGCAAAGAGAGGUUUGACAGCCAGAGAACAACAUACGUAGCUAACAUUUAACACAGUAACGCAUAUCACAGUAUAGUGGUUGAUACGCUUUAGCUAUGAAUUGAACUGAAUUGAAGGUAAUUUACUUGUUAUUACUGUAUUUUGCUUUUUAUCAGAAAAAAAUCUACUUUAGAGGGACCUGUUUUUGAUUCUUUGCGGAAGUCUACUGGAAGUUAAGUUAACGUAAGGGUCACAAAGGCCGUUUGAUUGGCUGUUUCUCAAACGGAAGGCUGCAUCCUCCGGAGGUCGCAUAUGCAGGCUGCAUACGUCAUGUAGCCUGGUUGAUUUCAGUUAACUGAGCAUUACAUUCGCAAGUCAUACGCAUAUUACAUCAAUUUACGAUUACAUAAAAAUAAUAGUCAACUUUAUAAAUUGUUAAUAUACUGAAAUAAGACGUCUUUAUGAUGUAUGCUGCCUACAAAUGCGACCUCCGGAGGGGGCAGCCUUCCAUUUAAGAAACGGCCAUUAUGUUGUUGCUACUGAAAUUUCUAUAAGCUAUGGAUUAUAUUGUUUGAUAUAUAACAAUACAAUCAGAUUGAGGAUAUUUAAGAUUUAAUUCCAAAUGCAAUGUUAGAUAAAAAUUUUUUAUCCCAUAUCAGAUGUUUUAAUGCACAAGCAAUGCAACUACUGUCUCUUCAUAAAAGUCACAUUGUGAAAUUUGGUAGAAACUUACUAAAUGGCAAGAAUUAAUUAAAUUGUUGAAAUAUGUUGAAAUAAAUAUGGUUUUGAAAGACUUUGGAUUAUGCACUGUCAGGAAAAAUGGUCAAACAUAGUCCUGGGGCAGUACCCUUUAAAAGGUUCCCAAUAGAAACUAUUUAGGUACAGCUUAGUAUACAUUUGUAUAACCAAUAUGUACCUUCCGAGGUACUAAUAUGAACUUUCAGGUGCAAAGGUGUAGUUUUUAAAAGGGUACCGACCAUAUUUUUUCUGACAGUGCAGAAUUAUACAUUUUAACUCAUGUCCUUGAAUUUAUAGAUCUUGAAGAAUACAAUGUUAAAGACAUAUCUAGAAGGUGAGGAUGAUGACAAUGAAGAAGCUUGUAAAUAUUGGUUAUAGACUACUGACAAAUCCUUAUAUUAUUUUCCUGAUAUCAUUUUCAUAAAACUAUUCAAAUUUUACCAGAGAAGUAUUAAAUUAUUUAUAAAUUGCACAUACAUGCUUUGUUAGGCUCAAGUAAAUAAUCUCUCACAUCACCGAAUGGUGUUACUGUGAUUACAUGUCUUCUUGUAAUUUCGGAUUUUAACAUUUUAUUAUUUUGAUUUCACAAUCCUGAAUUGUUUCCACAUUCUGUGCCUUUAAAGCAAAUGCUGGAAAGACCUCAGACGUGUUUGCACGCCAGAUCAAACAAGGGUUGUUUGCUAAAUAACAAAUGACCUAAAUUCAUAGUAAAUUAAGUGAAUUCAAGUGCCAACAUGUAUGUAUGUAUGCUAUGCAAUUACAUUUUGAAAUAUCACACUAAUAACCUCAUGUUUAUCCUACAUACUAAAGUUAAAAAUGCUGACUGUGUAUUUAAAUGGUUCAGGAGAUCUACAGCUCUUGAUUGGUUGAAAAUAAGUAACUGCAUGCAAAUAACAAAAACAUCACAAUGUGAUUUAUUGCUUUGUACAUUGAGCAUUGGUGUUGCAAUGCAUGUCCAAGUGUGUAUAUUUGAUGUCAAUAAAAUGUAUAAUUCUUUAAAUUACAAUUUUAUAUAUUUAUAUUUAGAAUAAAUGUUUGUUCAAUACUAAUUGUUGUAUUGUUUUGUAUUACAAAACUGACCUUGAUUUCUGCAAUAUGUAAACAUGUUCUAAUUCCUUUCUUUGAGCCAAGAUUUUUUUUAUCAGAUAUUUACAUAAUAGUUCCAGA